ACAAGCGCGAACGCACACGCUUCGAUUGUGGGCGCUGCCACGGGAAAACCAAGUUGAACCAGUGCCUAACCGAAAAGAAAAUGAAAAAAUGAUUGCCUAAACCGAAGAUGCAGUUGUCCUGACUCAGCUCGCCAACUACUCGCCAUCUGAUGAAAGCCGGAAUCGAAAUUCAAUUUAAGCAAAAUCAAUACUGGAAAUCAACAAAUGAAAGUAUCUAGAGAGUGCGGCGCCUAAUCUAAUUUACCAGCCAAAAACCACUUUGCAAAGCCCGCGUAAGCCAGCUGCAACCAACGAUACAAAGUCAACAACAAUUUUUCGAAUUAAUUUUGUUUGAUGCGCGCGCCUGUGAAAAUUUACAUAGAAAACGCCAUAAAAUAAGUAUAAAAUACACCCAACCAAAAAAGAGAAGCGCGAGCGACAAAAGUGAAUUGGUUAACCAUGGAGAAGGCGUAACUGGCAACUGCUGACCCGGGCCCCAUAACUUUAGAUGAGCGCGCCACUGUGCCACAAUUUUGGUUUACACCUGUCGAAGCUGCCACUCCCACGAGGAACUUUUUCUACCAUAACAACAACUAGCCCAACUUUUUGCCCCACAACCGGAGGAAAAACCAAAAAAAGAACAACAACCACAUCGGUGAUAUGGAACUGUGCAUAGCAACAAAGUCAAAACAGCAACAAGAAACCGCUCAGAGUUCGAUGCAGCAAGUGCAGCGAAUGCAGCAGAGCAAAUGCAGCAGCAACAGCAACUACUAUCAAAAGAAAUGCCACCAAAAUCAAACGAACACUCAAGUACAGAGCACUCAGCCAAGCAAUUGCCACAGAGACCGAGAUCGAGACCACCUGACAAAGCAGCAACAGAACCAACGAACAAAUAGUGCAACAGCAACAUCAGCAAGUUGCAACAUCCGCAGCAGCAGCAGCAGCAGCAGCAGCAGCAGCAGCAGCAGCAGCAGCAGCCACAGCAGCAGCAUCAGCACUUGCAACAUCAAGAGUAAAAACAUUAGGAGACCCAGUAGAGGCGCACAGCUAAACACACUCUACGCGCUGCUGGUGCUUUUGAUAGUCGGCCUUGCCACGGCUACGGCCAGCCCCCACCCAGGUGCCACCCCCUUUGCCCGCGAGAGCAGGCGCGAUGCUCUUUUGGCCUACUACAAGCGCAGCCUUUCCACCAACACCUCCCCGGGGCAGGAGCCCCACUACCCGUACCAGCACCAGUUCCACCUGCACCGCGAUGCCAGCGGCCUUGACUUCGAGGAGCUAACGCCCACCGCCAGCAGCGUGUCCGUCCUCAGUGUGGCGGAGCGUCUUCGGUUGCGUAAGCGCAGUGCCACGCCCACCACGCCAGCGACUGCAACGGCAGCGGCGGCAGCAGCAACCUCGCCGGCGGCACCUGCAACAGCAACAGCAACAUCGACGACGGCGACGGCCAGCGGCAAAAAAACGGAGGAGAAGUGCGAGCCGAAGGUCCUGGAAACGCUGCCAGAUGAGCCGUUUUACGACUACACAGACAUCGCCGAGGAUGCGGCACGCCAGUUUAUUGAAUUUUUAUCGAGCAAAUUCCCAAAUGCCAACACUCCGAUUACCAUCGAUGAGGCGACACGUGCGGAGGUGAGUCGCCGGGCGAAUGGAAUCGCCAGCUACGCCCUCAACGAGGACGACAAUCUCCUGGCCUUCGCCAUCGCCGCGCCCAGCAUUCACACGGUGGUCGUUAAAUUCAGGGAUAACGUUACGAUACCACCGGAUCAGGUGCACAACAAGGCGUACCUGGGUUCCUACUGGCGGGAGUUGGGUGCGGCCUGGAACAGCACGGACGGCACCCAGGAGUGGGGAGCUCCCUUCCGCGACUGCAACCUGUUGACGCGUCGCUGGCUCUGGCCAUUUCGCAUAUCCUUCAGCGAGCACAGGAUCAAAGUUGUGGCGGCUGCUUUCAUUGCCGCCGACGAGGAUGUGUGCAACGAUGGCUUGGAGGAAGUUUUCGGUCGUCGUCAUGGGUGCGAUCGGAAUACGACCUUCUGCCUGCUCACCGAGAACAAGCCCGCCGCCACCAGGGACGUGUACACCUGCCUGUGCCGGGAGUCCUACUACCUGCCCAACUCCACGCUCCAGGGAUUCCGCGGCGACCGGGUGGAGCUGUCCGAGGGCUACGACAACUACUCGUGCAUUCCGUGUCCCGGCGGAUGCUCCAACUGCGAUAACAACGGCGUCUGCCUCACCUUCCAGGAGGAGGAGGUGCUCAACGUGGACGCCUGCCUGCGCCUCCUGGUGGCCAUCGUCCUGGGCGCCUGCAUCCUCUGCUGCGUCGUCCUCGGCGUGAUUGUCUUCCGGCAGAGAAAGUGCAAGGCCAUUGCCUCGGGCAUGUGGACUGUGCUGGAGACGAUACUGCUGGGCAUUGUCUUACUUUAUGCAUCUGUUGCCGUCCAUUUCUUUCCCGCCUCCACCGAGCGCUGCCUCCUGGAGCCGUGGCUCCGGGAGCUGGGCUUCAUCACCUGCUACGGCGCCAUCAUCCUGAAGCUGUACCGCCACCUGGUGGACUUCCGCACCCGCAAGGCGCAUCGCUGGGUGCUGAGGGACGUGGACCUGCUCAAGUACCUGGGCACCAUGGUCUUCGCCGUCAUCUGCUACAUGGCCGCCUUCACGGCCUCGUCGCUGGACCUCCUGGAAAGCGCCCAGCUGGAGAGCCUCCGGGAGGCGGACACGAACACCUGCCAUCCGCUCAAGUGGGAGCUGGUCACGCAGACCAGCGAGAUGCUCAUCCUGUGCUUCGGACUGCACCUGUCCAUCGCCAGCCGGAAUGCCAACACACAGUUCCGGGAACGGCAGUUUCUGGUGACCGCCCUGACGCUGGAGUUCCUGGUCUCGUCGAGCUUCUACUUUCUGCGCUUUGUCUACCUGCCGGAAAUGAGUCCCAGCGCCAUUCUGCUGGCCCUGUUCAUCCGCUCCCAGCUGACGAACAGCUUCGCCCUGGGGCUGAUAUUUGUGCCAAAGUUGUGGUAUCAGCACAAGCAGGUUCGUUCGCUAGCGUAUGAUCUAUCAAUACGUUUACCUGUGGAUGCUUUCAAGGGUACGUCGCACGACGCCGGCCAGCGGCUGGGCGGAGGAUAUGCCGGGCUCUGUCUGGGCGACCCGGACAUCGGGGAGCUGACCAUAUCCGAAAUGAGUCCCGAGGACAUACGCGCCGAACUCAAAAGACUGUAUACGCAACUGGAGAUCAUGAAGAACAAGACUCUGAGGCAGGACAAUCCGCACAUCAGCAAGCGGCGCGGCGGACGCAAGGCGGGUCACCGCCGCUUCUCCCUGCAGAAAAAGGGCAGCAAGGAUAAGGCUCUAAGUGCCAAACACCGCAGCAACAAGCAUCACCAGGACAUUGAGAUCACCGAGGCGGAGCCCUCCCGGACGCCCGAGGACUCCGUUUGCAGUGCCGAAGGACCCACGGACACCUAUGCGGAAAUAUCGGGCGUGUCCCACUCAAUGCUCUCCCACUCGAUGGUCUCCCACUCCGUUGUCUCGCACUCAAAGUAAGGAACAGGAACCGGAACCCCCACUAUGAAGACCGAUUCGCAGGACCCCUAAGGAUAAGGUACAUCGGCUGUUCCAGCGAUCAAGGAUAUUUGUACAUAAGUAUUUGACGAUGCGAUACAUGCUGGUAUAUGUAGAUAAUAUGUACAUGUAUGUGAGAAAUAGUUAUUUAGCGCAACAACACAAACAAUAAAAGGAUUACUUUAAUUUCGCAAUGAAAGAAAAACCAGAAAACCAGCAGGAAAAUGGCGAAGGAGAGGCACUACACCAAAAAUACAAACAAUAACAAACUUUACUUUAUUUUUAAUGAAACGAGAGGAGAAAAGCACCUUGAGAGCAGUCAGGUUUUAUAAAAUUUUGAUAAAUUUUUAGACGGUCUUACUUCGUUCACUUUCUCUCAGUCUUGAGUUCGAUUGAUUUCGAUGCUAGGGAUCACCGAUAGAUCAGAGUUGUACGAACGGUAGAGCGGUAAAACAGAGCCCACCUGUGUAGGUAACGAUAAAACUGUAAGAACACAAGCCACAAACGCUAAGAAAUAUAAUCCUAUUCCUAAAACUCGUGUUUUUCGUUUACCACUAAGUUCCUCGAUAGUUACUAACACUCCAGUUAUUUGUGCAUUGUUUUCGAACCAACCAAACACCAUCCACAAGAUACCGAAUGAGUGGAAGCACAGCGAAAAUCAGUUUUAAAACAGUGAAUAAUCAGUUGUAAAUUUGAGCUUAUAGGCAUUAAAGCUAGUAAUUCCCCCAUUACUAUCGUACGUUUUACGUCUUACUAGUCUUACCAACUAAAGAGUAUUUGUAUCAUAUAUUGUACACUUGUAAUUCCCACUCAUUCCCAUCCGAAAACCGAACGGGGAAAACUCUUUGUAAAUACACACUGUACGCCGACGAAGUGCAGAUAGAAAAGCAAAUUGUUACAUUUUCAGAACGCAGAGUUCCCGAUCGAGAGUGAAAAUCAUAGGACAAUGCUUAAUAGAGGCUUAAGUGCAUUUUUUUUACGACAUUAGCCCAACAAAUUCUGUCUCAAGUAUUAUUACACUACUAGAUUUCCUCCGAAAAUGUUCGGAUCCGAGUCCAGAGCAUCUUAAUUCGUUAGUCCCAAAACCAGAAGUUCGACUCGGAGUAUUGAAAAACACAAAGUGAAAACAUUUCAAAUGUACGCAAUAAAUUUUUGGAGGCGAUCGUUAGAGAAUGAAAAGGGGGGAAAACAAGUCCAUAGAAAACCUAUAGUACAGUUACAUGGGCAUUUAUAAGGGUUAUAAAAAGUAUAUCUAUAUACACUAUAACAAAUAUAUAGCGAGUAAAACAUGGCAAAUGGUUAAAUUAGGUAAACUUACAGCAUGCAUGCAACAAAUUGAGCAUUUAAAACAAAAAAGCAAACCCAAAAUAAUUAAAAUCGAAAAAAGCCAACUUUUGGUUGCGUUUGAUCAAAAGUGUGUGUAAAAAAAAUAUUUAUGGGAUAUACAUAAACAUAUAACUAACUUAUAUUAUAUAUAAAUAUAUAUACAUAUAUAUGAGUGUAAUCAGCAUUACAAUAAAACAAAACCGAGAGGCAAACUAAAUUAGUGGCUCAGCGCAGAGGCAACUACAAAAACGAUUUGAAAAGAAACAGAAUACAUUUUGAAAGUGUGAUAGUGUUCAUAAUAUUCGUUCAUUGUAAUUAAAAGAGAAAACAAAAACUAAUAAACUAAACUAAA